AUGUUUACUGAUCAUAACCCUGCAGUUUUAGCGACGCGAUGUCUACCUGCACAUGAGUUUCAAGACAGCACUUGGUUACAAGGACCAAAACAACUUCUCGUUAUUAAACAGGAGGAACAAAAUGAGAAUGAACAUUCACUCAUUAAGCCAGAUGAAGAUAAAGAGAUUCGCCCUAUUGUUUCAGCAAUGAAAACCUGCACUGCAGACGAAGAUGGUGGACAACCAUACACUGCAAUGACUCAACGAUUCCAGCGAUUUUCUGCUUGGAGGAAACUUGUGUUGGCCAUGAACUUUCUCAGAUACAUGCUUUUCAAGUUUCAAGGCAAAGACAUUGAUUCUAACACAGUAACUGAAAGAUACCAAGACACAGAGCACUUUGUGAUCCGAAUGGUGCAGUCUGAGGUGUACUGUGACGAGAUUGACUGUAUACGACAAGACGAGCCCCUACCUCGACGAAGCCCAAUAGCCAACCUUAAUCCAUUUUUAGAUGAUCAGGGACUUCUUCGUGUAGGAGGUCGGAUAGUCAAUUCAAAAUUGACCUUGAAAGAGAAGAAACCAUUGAUUAUACCUGGACGCCAUCACAUAGCAACCCUACUGGUUCGACACUAUCAAGAGAAUGUCAAGCAGCAAGGGCGUCACUUCACCGAAGGAGCUAUUAGGGCUGCUGGACUUUGGAUAACAGGGGCCAAACGACUUGUCUCAUCGAUUAUUCAUAAAUGUAUCACGUGCAGAAAACUCGGAGGGAAGACGCAGUAUCAGAUCAUGGCUGAUCUACCAGCAGACCGCCUUGACCCAUCGCCACCUUUCACAAACGUAGGUGUAGAUGCAUUCGGACCUUGGGCUGUAGUUUCACGUAAGAGUCGAGGAGGUAGUGCCAACUCCAAGCGCUGGGGAAUAUUGUUCACAUGCUUAACCACAAGGGCGGUUCAUAUUGAACUAGUUGAGGAAAUGAGUUCUUCUGCAUUUAUCAAUGCUGUCAGAAGAUUCACCGCCAUAUGGGGUCAGGUAAAGACCUUCCGUUCUGACCAAGGCACUAACUUUGGUGGGGCCGUAGAUGACUUGCGCAUUGAUGCCAAAUACGUCAAUGAUGCAGCCUUGAAGAAGUAUCUACACAACUCUGGUACUGUAUGGGUCUUCAAUCCGCCCCAUGCAUCCCACGUGGGUGGGGCACGGGAAAGAAUGAUCGGUAUUACCCGUAAGAUCAUCAAUUCAAUGCUGACUGAUGCCAGUGGAAAGACCUUAACGCACGAUGUGCUGAACACAUUUAUGGCUGAGGUCUGUGCAAUCAUUAAUUCAAGACCUCUUGUUCCGAUAUCCACUGACCAAGAUUCCCCAUUUAUUCUGACCCCAGCAAUGCUGUUGACACAGAAGACCGAGUAUGAGUUAAGGUCAAUUCACUAG